UAAAUCUUCGUCUUCUUUCCUCUGUAAAACCUUCGUCCUCUCCGCUUAAACCCUAGAGCUCUAAAUUCCUCAAAAAUGUCCGCUAUAGCUCGAUCGAAAUCGCGCAUUUUCUCGAUAAUUUCACGAACUAAUCGCCGAUUUUCUUCAAAUGUAACUACAGAACCUCCAAAGGAACCAAUAAUCUCUUCAUCUUCACUCCUCAAAGAUCAGCCUCCGCCACCUCAGAAUCAGUCUCCUCCUAAUCCUGAAGCUUCUGGAACUGAGAAGAAUCGGUGGAGUUUUCUUAAGUAUAGCGUUAUUGCUGCCGUCACUGGUGGUGUUGCCACUGCUGGUUACGCUAGCUAUGCAUACACAUUGGAUGAAAUUGAGGAUAAGACCAAGACUUUGCGUGAAUCUGCGAAAUAUACUGUUGGGGAUGAUGCAUCUGCUACCGAUAAAUUUCAAGCUUUGUUAUACUCCUCAGCAAUGACAGUGCCUGCCAAGCUAGUUGAGUUUUACAUUGACCUGAGGCGGCUGACAGAAGAACAAGUUCGAGGUUUUAGUGAACCAACAUCAGACCAGCUCCUGCCAGAUUUGCACCCACUGGAGCAGCAUGUCUUUACUCUUGUUCUUGAUCUUAGCGAGACAUUGAUACACUCUGAUUGGAAGCGUGACAGAGGCUGGAGAACAUUCAAAAGACCUGGGGUUGAUGCUUUUUUGGAACAUUUAGCUCAAUAUUUUGAGAUCGUUGUAUACUCUGACCAACUGAACAUGUAUGUUGAUCCUGUUAUCGAAAGAUUGGAUCCAAAGCACUGCAUCCGUUAUAGG